UAGAUUUCUUUCUUUUUCCCCAAUUCAUCUCUCUGUCUAUAAGGAUUAGUGACAGACCUCACAUGGCCAUGCAGAGAGACAAGUUAAGAUUAUUAGACCCACCCACAUUAUAUAUCCCACAUGGAUGUGUUAUGUAUGCUGCACAAUGAGAUCAAAACCACCGUAUCUGUCCCACUUCUCCUUCUCUCAUGCUUACACCAACAACUACCAUGUUAACACUACGAGAUGAACCAUAAAAUAAAAAUCACACAGAGUACUGCCUUAACUACAUUUUCGUAUUACAAAUGAAAUUUCUUUCCAUUUGAUUCUUCAGAAAAAUCUAUCCAAAUUUGUUUCUCUGGGUCUACAUAAUUUUUUUUUUCAUGGAGCCUUGAAAUUGACAGUGUUUUUUAAACUUUUUCUGUGUAGUAAAUUUGGUCCCUCUCUAUCUAUCUAUUCUUGUUUUCUUCUUUUGGUUGUUACAGAAUGGCAUUUUCUGGAUUCCUUCCUGUAUAUACUAAUGGAUUCUGAUUAUAAUUUUUUGGGUUUGUGGGUCUAUCUCCAUUUCUUCAAUUCUUUAAUCAUUUAAAGGUUCUUCUCUCCGCUCUAGAGCAUCCUUCCUGCCUGCUUUCCUUCUCCCCUCCCCAACAAAAUUGUGGGUUUUAGACUUCUGAUUGGAUAGAGAAAUAUAUUUCCUAGCUUCAAUUAAGUAAUCAUCAUUUCAUAUAUUCUCGUUUUGUGAUCUGUUUAUUUGCUGGAAUUUAAGGAUAAAACAUUUAUGGGGUUUUGUAAAUUCCCUCUGUUUUUGAGUGAUUGAGAAAAUUCUGUCAUUGCUUGAUUCAAGCUUCUUUCCUUUUUUUUUUAUUAUGAGUCUAGUUCGUAAAAGACCUUCAUAAUAAGGAAAAUCUAAAUUCUUUAGAACAUAGAGAUUUCGAUAAAAAAAAAUGUCUGCGAAACUUCUCCAUGCUUUAUCAGAAGAAAACCCAGAUCUGCAGAAGCAAAUUGGAUGCAUGACUGGGAUUUUUCAAAUAUUUGAUCGUCAUAGUAUUCUUACUCCUAGAAGAAUUACAGCUCAAUCCCACAAAAGAACUUCACAAGGUAAUAGUUCUCAUUUGAGCAAUGGCAGUCUCCGCGUCGAGCCGGAUACUGUUCGUCGCGUAGAGAGCUCUGCGGAGAAGAAGUUAAAUAAGAUUAAGAACAUUGGCGAAACUCAAAGAGUGAUGCUGGAGUCCUCGGGACCUUCGGUGUCGUCGUCAUGUUCGUCAUCUUUUUCUUCUCAUGACUGCAAAACUUCUCAGCAAGAGUCCAUUUCGUCUGAGAGAAUCAUUUUUCCAGUAACGCCGUCCAGGGAUCCUUCUAUUGUUCAGACAAAUACAUCUCAAGUAGGCCGGCAUUCGCUUGAUUUCAGAGACGUUGUUAAGGACUCUAUGUACAGAGAAGCUCGUGGUUUAUCGGUUAAAACUACAAGCAAAGAGGAACCAGUAAACCGUGUAAUGAUGCAUAAAGAUUCUCCCAGGCUUUCGCAGCUGUCAAAGUCAGUUGAUGGAUCAUUUAGCAUUGGAAACAUUUCGAAGCCGAGGGCUACCGUUGAUAUUAAGGAAUCGCUAAGGUCACCUGGUAGAAAUCGAGAAUCGCCGUUGAGUUAUAUUGAUAGAGGAGAACCACGGAGACUAUCAUAUGAUGUGAAAGAUUCUCCUCGGUUUUCUUAUGACGGACGGGAUGCACGUCGAACAUCUUUUGAUUCCAGGGAUAGCCCAAAAUCUACAAAGCUCAGAGAACUUCCAAGGUUGUCACUUGACAGUAGAGAAAGUUAUAUGAAGGGUUCUAACACUGGUCCAAAAUCCAACUUGGUAUCUAAGGAAUUGCAACGAAGUAGUAGCUACAGCUAUAACAGCACAUCAAACUCGCAGCAAAGUUUCGGAGGUUAUAAGCAGCCUACUAGUGUUGUGGUAAAGUUGAUGGGGUUGGAAGGUCUCCCUAAUAAUUCCACUCCAAAGAAUGAGGUUCAGAUAACAUUGAUUAAAACCUGCCCAAGUGAAGAGUGUGAUACUUUCUCAAGAUCGUCCCAGGCAAUUGAUGGAACCAAGCAAAGCAGAGUUUCUAGCCCAAGGACUUCCAUUAGAGACGCAAUUUCACCGAGGGUACGAACUCCUGAUUCGACUAUGAGACCGGUUUCACCAAGGUUGCCACUUGAACCAGCUCCCUGGAAGAAGCUAGACGGAAGCAAGGGUCAACAGAAAUCAGCAUCCAAAAAUGAGGAAAUUGUCACAAGGGCCUUAAAUCCUCAUCCUUCUGUUUACGCCGAAAUUGAGAAGAGGUUGAAAGAGCUUGAGUUUAGGCAAUCGGAUAGAGAUCUUCGAGCACUUAAGCAAAUAUUGGAUUCUAUGCAGGCAAAAGGUCUGUUAGAAGCUAAGAAAGAAGAUGAUAAACAUUUAAAUGUCGUCUCCGAAUCAAACAUUAAGAGCUUGAAGCAGCACAGCAUUAGUCCAAAUCCAAGGUCAGCUAACAGGAGAAACCCCCCGAGCAGUCGCCUAACUUCAUCCACAGUUAAGGGGGCUAAUACGUCUUCGAAAACAUUCGACUCCCCUAUAGUGAUUAUCAAACCAGCUAAAAACAUAAAGAAAUCUAAUGUUUCUGCCUCAUCAGUUGUUCCAGUUGAUAGUUUAUCGGCUCUCCGGCUUCCUCAGAAUAGCAAAAAGGAUCUACCAAAUAACCGAAGUCCUAAACUCAGCAAUAGGGAAUUGGGUAAUCGAGCACUUAAUUCCGCUGAUAAAAAGGACAAUUUCAGGACAGUAAGAGCUUCACAAUCUUCAGCUAAGUCUCAGCAUAUGUCCACAGAAAAUGCUGGAAGUACAGUCCGAACCUCAGGAUCUGUGAGCCCAAGAUUACAAAUGAAGCUUGAAUUAGAGAAGCGGUCUCGUCCACCAGUUCCUUCUACGUCAGAUUCAAGCAAGCCUAGAAGGCAAUUGUUUAACAGGCAACCAACUGAAUCAGGUUCUCCAGGAGGAAAAGCUAGAGCCAGACUGUCCAGUUUGCAUAAAAAUGAUGAACAAAUGAGAGAGAGCAGUAGAGAUACAAGAAACUCAAGUCAACAAGGGGAAGAAGCUUCUCAGCUAUCGGAUAGCAACAAUAGCUUCAAUUCAGCUGCAGAUGCAGAAGUGACUAGUGCUGACCGGUCUGCCGAGAUCGCCAGUGUUCUAUUACAACUAGGAAGCCGAAGUCCAUCAAGGAAGGCAACCAAGAACUCUGCUUUGAGCCCAAAACAGAAUAAAUUAUCACCAAGGUUAAGUGAAGAUGGGAUGUCUACAGAAAUGGCGACCACUACACCAGAGCAACCUAGUCCUGUGUCCGUUCUUGAUUCAUCUUUUUACAGAGAUGAAUUGCCUUCACCUGUGAAAAAAAUAUCAAAUGCUUUGAGAGAGUUUCAAAAUAAUAAUGGUCAUCCAGUUGAGAAACCAGAGAGCACCGGAAUUGAUCUUAAAUCUGGUAUCAACCGUAUAAAACUAGAGAACAUCGAGCAGCUGGUUAAUAAGCUUCGCAAGUUGAACUCUAACCACAACGAAGCUACAACAGAUUACAUUGCAUCAUUGUGUGAGAACAAUAAUCCAGACCACAGAUACAUCUCCGAGAUAUUAUUAGCGUCAGGUCUACUACUGAGAGAUCUUGGUUCAGGUUUGGCAAAAAUUCAGCUCCACUCGUCAGGUCAUCCAAUCAACCCAGACUUGUUCUUCGUUCUUGAGCAAACCAAGGGGGGAAAUGUGGUAUCAAAGGAUGGACCCAAGAAAUCAAAACAAGACAAACUUCAUCGUAAACUUGUUUUUGAUGCCGUAAAUGAACUCCUUAUACAAAAGUUGGCUUUGGCGGGUCUUCUAAAUGAACCCUGGAUCCACACAGAUAAGUUAGCGAGAAGGACCUUAAACGCACAACGUCUACUGAAAGACUUGUGCUCAGAGAUAGAACAACUCCAAGCCAACAAACAAGUGGAUGAUAGCUUUGACGAAGAUGAAGAUAGUCUGAUAACGAUCUUGCAAGAUGAUGUUAUGCGUCAAUCUGAAAAUUGGACAGAAUUUCCGAAGGAAGUUCCGGUUGUAGCGUUGGAUAUUGAACGCUUGAUUUUCAAAGAUUUGAUCGACGAAAUUGUUACAAGUGAAGUUGGAAAUCUCCGAACCAAGACUAGCAAAAGCAUACUAGUUAAGUAAGAAUUUUAACUUUUCUUUUACAUCUGCAUCUUAAUUUUCUUUUCAGAAACAUAAUAAUUACUUCAACCGAUAUUAGGUAGAUCUCUUGUAGCUUGUAAAAAUAGAAUCUGAAUCUUCUCGAGUCCUACGGUGUACAUGUUAAAUGUAAUUAAUGUUAUAAAUGCCAAUUUUUUUCUCUCCUUCAGUGAAGAACUACAAUGUACUAUAAAAUACAACGAUUGUUCUUUC